GCCUUAUUGACACAACCACCUCCUGCACCGCCCUGGGAAGCCCCAAACUCCCCGUCUUCACCUCCUCCCGCACUCGACAAGGCUCACGCGAUUCGAUUACCAGACCACCAUGUCGAAGCGACUCGCGUCCGAAGCGCUCGAAGAAACGUUCCACGCAGACUCGCCUGCAUCGAAGAAGUCGCGGAUUGGUGAAAGCCCCAGCGCGCAAGGAGACAGCGACCUCGAGCAGCGCAAGUCAGGUGGCGAUACGACGCCGAGGCAGAAUGGUGCCGCAAACGGGCACGGUGAGGAGUUGGACUCAGACCUGGAAGACGACUUGCCAGAAGAGAAAGCGCCGAUCAGGCAGUCGGCGCCUACCGCAGGCUACGACGACCUGUACCUCGACACGAUCGACCGGAACGUGCUAGAUUUCGACUUUGAGAAGCUCUGCUCUGUUUCGCUGUCCAACAUCAACGUGUACGCAUGUCUGGUAUGCGGCAAGUACUUCCAGGGCCGCGGCCCCAAAUCACACGCCUACUUCCACUCGUUGGACGAAAACCACCACGUCUACAUCAACAUGGCGACCCAGAAAGUAUACGUGCUACCGGAGGGGUACGAGGUUACGAGCAAGAGCCUGGACGACAUCAAGUACGUGUCAGACCCAAGGUACACGAAACAAGAGGUCAUGGACAUAGAUCGACGGCCGCGCACCAGCCUCACGAUCUUGGGCAAGGAAUACACGCCAGGCUACGUGGGGAUGAACAACAUCAAGGAGAAUGACUACCUGAACGUCGUGGUUCAGGCAUUGUCACACGUCCCGCCACUGCGGAACUUCUUCUUGUUGGAGGACUUUGCCAGCUCCCGGUCAGAGCUGGUCAAGAGGACGAGCAUCUUGUUCAGGAAGAUCUGGAAUCCGCGCGCGUUCAAGUCGCACGUGUCGCCACAUGAGCUGCUGCAGGAGAUCUCGCUGCGGUCGAAUAAGCGGUACACCCUGACCGUGCAGAGCGACCCUGUCGAAUUCCUCAGCUGGUUCCUGAACAAUCUCCACCUCGGCCUGGGGGGAAGCAAGACCAAGCCGGGGAGCAGCAUGGUGCAGAGGGUGUUUCAAGGGAGGCUCAAGGUCGAGUCGCAAGCCAUCACGGCAAAAGCCGACGUGGGUGACCGGCUACGGUUCGAGGAGGCCGCGGAAGUAAAGGUGGACGUCAGCCGGUUCCUCCUCCUCACGCUGGAUUUGCCACCCGCGCCGCUGUUCCAAGACGAACAGGAGCGUAACAUCAUCCCCCAGGUGCCGCUGACGACGAUCUUGUCCAAAUAUGACGGCCACUCGGCACAAGAGCACCUGGCGCACCGGCGGCGCUACAGGCUGAUGCACCCGCUGCCGCCAUACCUGGUCAUGCACGUCAAGCGCUUCAGCCAGAACAAGUUUGUCAGCGAGCGCAACCCGACGAUCGUGACGUUUGACUCGCGCGACUUGGACGUGAGCCCGUACGUGGAGCCGGACCCGGCGGCGCACCCGGGCGGCGGGCCGAUCUACUACGACCUGGUGGCCAACGUGGUGCACGAGGCGGUGCGGCUGCGCGAGGACGUGGCGGACACGGGCGAGGAGCGCAAGACGUGGAAGGUGCAGCUGCUGGACAAGGCCAGGGGCGAGUGGGUGGUCUGCCAGGACCUGUUCGUGGACAAGAUCCAGAAGGAGCUUCUGUGCAUGGGUGAGAGCUACCUGCAGAUCUGGGAGAGGAGGAGAGAGCCUGGCCAGGGGAAGGGCAAGGCAAAGGCAUGAAGGGGUGGACUGUGUUGUACCUACCUAGGUAGGUUUGAAAGAUACUUAAGUAUACUGCCAGCUGCGGCCGUGGCUAUGAGUGCCGGAUAUAGUGGCCUCAUCCUCCAUACCUACUGAGUUCUCCAUUUCCCAGCGA